UCUAUAUAAGGAUGGGAAAAGAUCUCUGGAACAUUUGUUGCGCAUCUUCAAUCAAUCUCAUCAUGUGUUUCCUGCUACCCAAAGAAGGAGAAUGAAUGUCUGGUGAUAAGUUGCCUUCAUCCUUGAGGACCUACAAAGCUCCUCCUGACCCCUACAUAUAAAGCAUCAGGUCCUUUAGGUUUGCUGAUUCUGCGGUGGAUCGGGCACAUCUCUGAGAGGAUCUCCAAGAUGUCCAAAGCUAAGACUGCACCUCCUCCUGGGUGCACUCUAAACAUCAAUGAUCCUCAAGUCCAGGAGGCUGCUAUUCGAUUCCAGGCCUCAUAUCGCGGUCACAGGUCACGCAAAGAGCUGCGAGAGAAAGGUCCUCCUAAGAUCCUGCAGGAGCUCAGAGAUGUGGUCCUUGUUGAGGGCAGCGCUGCAAAGCUGGAGUGCCGAGUCAGUGCUUUCCCAGAUCCUUUCAUCGUCUGGCACAAGGAUGGCAAAGAGCUGAAGGACGGUCCAAAGUACCGUGUUUUUGAAGACCCGGAUUUUGUGGCACUCGUGGUCCGUGACGGGGUUCUGGCUGAUCUGGGAAAAUACAUUGUUAAGAUUAAGAAUCCAUUUGGACAGACAUCUGGAUAUGCCUGUAUUCUAGUGGAAGUUCCUGCUAAAAUUUCUAGAGGUCCAGGCAGCAUCAAGGCCAAGAGAGGGACAACAGUCGUUCUGAAGGCUGAAAUAAGUGGAGAACCUCCUCCAGAUGUUGCCUGGCUCAAAGAUGGAGAUGACAUUGAUGAAGAUGACAGGGUAUUCUUUGAUGUUGGAGAAACCAGCACAAUCUUGAUCAAAAAUGCAAAGUCAUCUGACGCUGGCAAGUAUGAAGUGUUUGUGGAGAACAAUCUGGGUACAGACCAGUCCUUUGCACGAGUGGACAUCCUCUGAUGAAGCCUCACAGCUGUGGUGCUAAUACCAUGAACAUGUUCUCUUACAGUUUAACUGGAUUAAUGCUACAUUCAAAGCUGUACACAACUUAAACCAUGCUCAUAAGAGGAAGUAAAGGAUUUAUUCGCUCAGAUCUUGUUUUUCAGAUUUCUUGAAGUGUAAUAGUUUAUUUGAUGUUGCAAAAAUGGCAAAGAACACAUUAACAAUUAGACAGACAUGAUUUUACAAUAAUAACUGGCGCACAAUGAUAUGUUUUUGUUGAUCAGUGAGAUAAGAGUUAGUAAAAAGAUAAGUGAAAGCAGUCUAUAAAAAUAAGUAAUCACUAA